UAUGGAUUAGUAAAGGUUUUAGAUAUCUUAUCCUUAAUUGUAAAGUAUUUUUGAUACAGGCAACUUGUAAUCUGGUCAAUCGACCUAAAUAUUAGAUGAAAUAGGGUAAGUUGUCAUGUAAAUAGAAGGGGUGUUGAAUAAAUAUACAGAAGUUUAGAAAGUGAUCCAAAAAGUGGAAUAUAAGAUGUGAGCGAUAGAGUAGAGUAAUUUGGUAGUAAUAAGUUGGAUCCACCUGCUUUAUCUCCUUUUUAUAUGUGUAUGUACAAAUAGAGCAAGGAUUUUUGUAUUCGAAUAUUAGCACUUGCAACAGUAAUAAUGUUUUUGAUGGCUUUUUUCUCAGAAGAACCAUUUGAAUAGAUUGUGUAAGCAUUUUCAAUUCUGAUUGCUAUUUGUGCAGUAGUGAUCAUUGGAGCUAUGACAGAUUAUAGAAAGGAAAAAUAAUUUAGAUAAUUGUAUUUGGAAUAGGAAGAACAAUAAAAGAAAUUGUUUUAAGUUGUUAGAAAUGGUAUUACUUAAUAAUUGAAUCAUCUUGAUCUUGUUGUAGGAGAUAUUAUUACAAUAAAACCAGGAGAUAAUGUAACUGUAGAUGGAUUACUUAUAGAUGGUACUGAAACUAUAGAAGUGGAUGAAAGUAUGAUUACUGGUUUAACUGAUUCAUUAUCUAAAUAACCUAUAUCAAGAGGAAAGAAUUGUUUUGUAAGAGGAGGUAGCAAUAUUUUUGAGGGAACAGCAAAAAUGAUAGUUUUAGCAGUGGGUAAAUUUACAUAUGCAAACAGAAUGAAAAAUGAUAAUUAAAUAAAGGAGGAAGGGGAAGAAGAAUUGAUUCAUGAUGAAAGAUCUCCAUUAGCAAAAGCAUUAGAAACAUUAGCUAAAUUUUUAGUAUUUAUUGGUUGCAUGAGUGCAUUAGCUAUGUUUAUUAUUUUAGAAUUAUAUAUGGUUAGAGAAUUAUAAGAAUUACAAGUUAAAAUAUUCUCUUAAUUUGCUUUAAAAAAGGUUUUAUCAGAUUUUAUUGAUGCUUUUCUAAUUAUAGUACUCUCUAUUCCAGAAGGAUUACCAUUAAUUGUAACAUUAUCAUUAGCAUUUUCAAUUGCUAAAUUGAGAUAAAAAGAUAUUGUUAUUAGAAAUUUACAUGUUUGUUAAGUUUUGGGAGGUAUUGAUACUAUAUGUUUUGAUAAAACUGGAACAUUAACUUAUAAUAAUCUCAAAGUUAGUAAUGUUCAUAUUGCAAGUGAAGAAAGAUAUCAUAAUUUGCAAUCUCAUGAUCCUAUAUUUAGAAUGUUAGCAGAAGCAGUAUUAUCUACAAAUUCAGCUUUUUUAUCAGAAGAUAUUAUUAAUUAAAUUAAAUAGAUUGAGUAAGAAGAAUAUCAAUCUGAACAUAGUGGAAAAUCAAAUAAGAAAUCUUAAAAAUCAAAGAGUUCAUCUUCAAAAUCUAUUAAAUCUAAUAGUAUUUUUGAUGGAACUAUGAAAAGUGAUUGGAGUGGUAAUAGAUUGGAUGUUGCACUAAUUGAUUAUGUGGAAAUGAAAUUGAAAAGAGAAUUUGUUUAUGAAUAUUAAUAAGAUUUAAAGAAUUAAAUAAGAAAAACUAUUCCAAUUAAUAAUUAUGGAUUUCAUACUGAAAUUUUAUAGAUAAGAGGUGAUAAAUAUAGAAUCAUUUUGAAAGGUAAAUCCAAAGAAAUUAUUGAAAAAUGUAGUUAACUUAAUAUAUCUAUUCCAGAUAAUAGGGAUUUUGAAUUAUAUGAACCAGGACGUUUUAAAUUGUAAGAUUGUUGUAAUCAAGUAAUGACUUAAGAAUUUUUAGAUUUAGAAAAGAAAGCUGUUUUAAAUUAUAAUUCUUAAUCACUUAAAACAAUAUCAUUUGCAUAUAGAGAUGUUUAAAUAAAUAAUUUAAUUGAAUAAGAUUGGAAUUAAUUAAUAUCUUAAAAUAAUUUUACUUUUAUUGGAACUUUAGCAAUGAGAGAUGAUAUUAGAUAAGAAGCAAAGAGAUUAGAUAGUGCAUUGAAAAUGGGUAGUAUGAAUGUUAUGAUAUUGACUGGUGAUACUAGAGUAAAUGCAGUUAAUGUAGCCAAAUAAUUAGGUUGGGUAAGUAGUGAUUAAGCAGAUCAUGAAAUAUAAAGAAUUAGUGAACAUUUACCUAAAUCUUCUUAAAUGGAACAUUAACCAAUUAUAAUAGAACCACCAUUUAUUCCUAUUGAUGAAUAAUAAGCAAUCAAAAUUACAUCAGCAAUUAUGGAAUGUCCAUAAGAUGAAAUUGCUCCACUUUUGAAUAAUAAAUUUGAUCAUUAAUAAAUUUCAUCUUCAGCAGCAUUAAAAACAAUAUUGAUUUUGAAUUUCUAAGAAUAUGUAAUUAGAAUUAGAAAGAUAUUAAAUGAUUCUAAAAUAUAUUAUACACAUUAAGAAGUUAAUGAAAGAAAUAUAGUAUCUAAAAUUCCAGAAAUAUUAGAUGAUGCCAUAGCUUGCAAAGUAUUUUAUUUAUAUUUAAAUCUUAGUCUGUAUCUAAUAUGAAUAAAGUAUUAUAAAUAUUAGCAGAUCUAAAUUAACAUUAAAAACAUUAAUUUUUGGAAGUUUAUUCUAAUAUUAAUGAAUCAACUAUUGGAUAUGUUGGAGAUGGUAAUAAUGAUGCUAUUGCUUUAUAAACUGCAGCUGUUGGAAUCACAUUAGGAAAAACUGCAACUAAUAUUGCUAGAGAAUGUAGUGGAGUAAUCUUGAUGGAUGAUAAAUUAGAUGGAAUAGAAUUAUGUAUGAAAUAUGGCAGAAACAUUUUCUUAAAUAUCAAAAGAUUCAUCUAUUUCUAAUUGAGUUUCUUUUUGAAUUCUAUUGCUAUUAUGCUUACUGCCUCUAUUGUUUUGAAAUAAUAACCAUACACUGUAUUAGAAGUCAUAUGGUUGAGUUUGUAAUAUUAUUAUAUCAUUUUUAGAGUAUAAGAUAUUUUUUCAGCUGUUGCCCUAAGUACUGAAAUUCCUUAAGAUGAUAUAUUAAAUAGAACAAAACCUGCAAAAAGGGGAGAAAAUAUUAUUGACAAGUUUUUAUUAUAAAUGACUUGUACAUAAGCAGUAUUUUAAUAUUUGGCCACCUUAAUUGUUCUAUUUUUAACUCCUAUGAUGUUUGGCAUUGAGUAAUAUUUUUUCAAUUAUAUCAUAGGCCAUCUUAUAAACAUGAUUUGCAUGCUUUAGGAGCAGAAUUUGUUUCUGAAUGGGCUGUUCAUUAUACUCUAGUCUAUCAUUUAACUGCCAAUUUCUAGAUUGUCAAUUUAAUAUGCAGUCGUAGAAUUGGUUAGCAUGAAUACAAUGUCUUUGAAGGUAUCCAAAAGAAUAAACCAUUUACUGUGAUGAUUAUUGGCUUGAUAAUAAUUCAAUAGGUUAUCAUUUAUGCUGGAGGCAAGUACUUUAAAACUGCUCCUUUAACAAUAUUUGAAAAUCUAUUUUGUUUAAUUUUAUCUUUUGGAGCCAUGAUCGUCUUUUGGUUGUCUAAAUAUAUCUAUUCAACUGCAAAAUGA